AUGAGAUAUGGCGACAACUCCUGCCAACUAUUCAUUGGUCUGAGGGAUGAAGUCCGUGAACUGAGAGAGACUGUGUCCACCCUCUGGAGCCAACUACAAGAGCAAAAGAGGAAAGAACAAGUAGCGUUUGGUGCCUCACUGGGUCCUUAUGGACAACAGGGUCCAUAUAACACUGAGAUUACUCUGGUUUAUAAGGAUGUGUUUGUCAACGCUGGAAAUGCGUACAACCCAACAACAGGUAUCUUCACUGCACCAGUGAGAGGUGUCUACUACUUCAGCUUCUCUGGUCACCAUCGCUCAUCCAGAUCCAUGGGACUCAGACUAUUCAAGAACGGCCAGCAAAUGGUAACGGUGUACAACCAUGCUGCAGGUAACCGCCCAGAGACUGCAACAAAUGGAAUGACCCUACAGCUAGAGACGGGCGACCACGUGUAUAUGCGGCUUAGGGCAAACACAUGGCUUUUUGAUAAUGAAAAUGACCACAGCACUUUCAUUGGCCAUUUACUGUUUCCACUGUAAGAUGAUGUUCUGUCUGUCCUAGCGCAGCUAGCACACUCAACACAACACAGGUUACAUUGCUAAAUAAGGUAAAAGAGCAAUGAGAUGGAAAUGUCAAUGCUUUGAUAGGACACACACACACACACACAAACACACGCACAUAUGAGCUAUUGAAGGUUUCCUCACUCACAAUUAUGACCUAACAUAAAAGUAUGAGUAUGUAUUUGUACGUUCAGUUGUAAAAUUGUUAAGAUUUUUUUUAUAAAUGUAUUUUCAUGUUUCUGAGGGAACUGAAUUCUGAAUAAUGGUUUUUUUUUUGCAUUGCUUAUAUUUUAUGUUGUUAUAUGCAGUCCCCCCUAAUCAGUCUAAUUGUCAAUUGAGUGUAUGUUAUUCAAUGUUAUAUGAUUAUGCUAUUAUAUCACAAACAUAUAUUUUAUGUUUAUAUAAUUUGAGUUUAUAAAAUCCUGUAAAGUGUAAAGACAAUAAAAUUACUAGAAUUGAAUCUGAGAUUC